UUUGGACAGCCAUUUGAUGAUUAAAAAGAAAAUGCUGGUCAUAUUUUAUUUACUACUGCUGCUCAGAGACGGACAUUUCACAAAAGGUUACAACUUUGUGACAAAAACUAUUCCUGUGGGGCAAAAUGUGACCCUGGUGUGUCCUCGCCCGCCAUCCAAUCAUUCUCAAAGUUUGUUUUGGAUCAAAAUUGCUUCUGGAAACUGGCCUGAAUUUCUUGGACAAACAAUAACCUUUGAUUAUGAAGGGGUUUCCAAAACUCGUCACUUUACAUCAAAACAAGGGAACGGAACAUUUAUUCUGCAUAUUAAGGAAGCUCAGCGGAAUGACACUGGACUUUACUACUGCUUUAAAGUUGGAGAAUUAAAGCUGAUAUUCAUGAAAGGAAGUUUUCUGAAGAUUCAAGGACCAGAGGCAGAUGAUACUACUGUAACUCAGUUACCUCUAUAUGAAUCCCUCCAUCCAGGAGACCUAGUGACUCUACAGUGUUUUGUUUUCUCUGACUGUGAGAGGAGAAAAUGUCCAACUGAUCACAGGGUGUACUGGUUUCGAGGUGGAUCAGAUAAAUUUCGUCCCAGUGUAGUUUAUGCUGAUGGAAAAAGUGAAAAAGAAUGUGAGACGAGUCCUGAGGCACAGAAAUGUGUCUACAGCUACUCCAAGAACGUCAGCCAUGCUGAUGCUGGGACUUACUACUGCGCUGUCGCCACAUAUGAAGAAAUAAUUUUCGGGAAUGGAACUGAACUGGAUAUUGAAGAACAACGGGGUUUUGGGGAGUCCAAAAUAUUUCUACUGUUAUGCGUGGCUGUGGCUGCAUGUCUUGUAGUCAUUAUGUGCCUCAUUUACACCCUGAAGAAGAAACCUUUUCAUUUUUGCAAUGAUGCCGGGACAGAACAUGGUCCUCAGCAGAAUGAACAGAGAAAUGCACACUGUUUGGUUUAUUCUGCCCCAACCUUCACAAGGAGCAAUGGUGGAAAAGCAGAAAGAAGAAAAGUAAAAGCAACACAUGAAGAGACGGUCUACACACAAGUCAGGGAUUUCAGGAUUCACUAACAAAGCAUUAAAUUAGUCAAGUGAUGGUAAUUACUGUUUUUUUUAGCACUCUGGAAAUCGCUGAGUGUAGCCUUUUUAGAGGCUCAUCUUACACCAUUCUAAUUGACCGUUCUGUAUAUUUUCAGUUUAUUCACCUUCCCACUGUAAAAAAAAAAAAAAAGACUGUUAGGUUAAUUGGUCUCUCUAAAUUGCCCUUAGGUGUGAAUUAGUGUGUGCAUGGUUGUUUGUCCUUUAUGUC